AUGGAUAGGGUAAGCACCAUUCUUGAUGAAUACAAUAGUGAAUACUCUGAGAUCUGGGGAGGAGACCUAGGAACUGAGGACCUAGAUGAGCUAAACAGAUUAUACCCUGGCUAUAGGGAAAUGAAACCCGAAGAUAUGGACUCCGAAAUAGAAGUUCUACGAAGAAAGGUAAUGGGAACCGAGCAAUCAGACGAGAAAGAAGAUAUUAGAAGAGAAAUUGAAUACGUUAGUCAGCUAAGAAGAAUGAAGACCUUGAAGAAUUCAGAAACCGAGGCCUAUCUAAACGCGACCCACAACACUCUCAAGGAAGAGGUAAAAACAUUAGUUGUACUUAGGAGAAUAGCCAAGGCUGAAGUUAGAAGGAAUGACUACUCAGGAAAAAUAGAUAGGUUGAAGGUUAUUAUGGAAAACCUAGGUUUCAAUCCUAAUGAGCCCGAGAAAGAGUUAAAAGCAGAGGAAGAAGAACGUAGGAAAGAAGAAGUUAGAAAGAAGGAGGAGGCUGCCGAGUUAGAACGUAAGAGGCUUGCAGAAGUUGCCGAGUUAGAACGCAAAAGGAUUGCCGAACGUCAGGGAAAAGCUGAGCUUGAGCGUAGAGAAGCUGAGAUUAAAAGACACCAGGAAUUUGUAAAAGGUGAUAAGGAGAAAACAGAGUACUGGAGAAAAAAGCUCGAAGAAUGGGAAAAAGAAAAGUCUAAACCCAAGGAAGAACCCAAGGAAAUCCCAAAGAAGUCUCAACCUGAGGAACCCAGGAAGCCUUACAGAGGUAAAGAACCUAAGAAGCCUAAACCCGAGGAACCUAAGAAGCCCAACAUAGCUAAGAAGCCUGAGGAGUCUAUACCAGGGGUAGACACUGAAUGGCUAGAAAAUACUUUCAACUUUGAGGGUCUUCUAUUCCAGGUCGCAGAGGAUAGUAUCCCAGAAGGGGAUCAGCCCAUAUUCAGCGCUGAUAGUACAAAAAUUAUGUUGAAGGAUGUCAGGGAAGAUCUAACGAGGUAUGAAAGAUUCAAAUCAUGGGUUGAAGAUAACUUCGGAAUUGUGCUUGCAAGUAUUAUAGUAUCAGUUGCUGCUCUCCUUACAGCUAUUAUCAUACAGACCAGAAAAAUAUCCUCAAUGACAGCAAACUCUACACAUAGAGGUGCAGGUCCUUCACCCAGGCCGCUCCCACUGAUUAAAUUCAUACUAUCAAACUUAUGGGUAAUAUCUGUAGCCACAGGAAUAAUUUUACUAUACAAAUACAACUAA